GACGAGUGGCACUACCUGCUGUCAGGGGGGGCCAUAAAGACGAUGCGGGAGAACCCAGCUCCCGAGUGGCUGUACGAGCGAGCGUGGGGAGACAUCCUGGCCUUGAGCAACCUGCAGAAUUUCUCCAGCUUCGCAGAUGAUUUUGGGGAAAACCUCACAGAGUUCAGGGCCAUUUUUGACAGCCCCAAACCUCACAGAGAGCCCCUACCUGGGAAGUGGGACACUGAGCUCGAUGCCUUCCAGAAGCUGCUGGUUCUGCGAUGUCUGCGGGGAGACAAGGUCACUGAUGCCAUGCAGGACUUCGUGGCGCUGAACCUGGAUCAGCGCUUUAUUGAGCCGCAGACCACUGACCUCUCGGUGGUGUUCAAGGAGUCCGCUGCCACCACCCCCCUCGUAUUCGUGCUGUCCCCUGGCACCGACCCAGCUGCCGACCUCUACAAGUUUGCUGAGGAGAUGGAGUUCUCCAAGAAACUCUCUGCCAUUUCCCUGGGCCAAGGCCAGGGCCCCCGUGCUGAAGCCAUGAUGCACAGAGCCAUGGAGCAGGGCCAAUGGGUCUUCUUCCAGAACUGCCACCUGGCCCCCAGCUGGAUGCCUUUGCUGGAGAGACUCAUCGAGGGCAUAAACCCUGAAAAGGUGCAUCAGGAUUUUCGCCUCUGGCUCACGAGUCUACCCAGCAACUGCUUCCCUGUGUCCAUCCUCCAGAACAGCUCCAAGAUGACCAUCGAGCCCCCCCGCGGGGUCAAGGCCAACCUGCUCAAGUCCUACAUUAGCUUCAGCGAUGACUUCUUGAAUUCUUGCCCUAAGGUCACAGAGUUUAAAUCCCUGUUGCUGUCACUUUGCCUUUUCCAUGGGAACAUGCUGGAGAGAAGGAAGUUCGGGCCGCUGGGGUUCAACAUCCCCUACGAGUUCACAGACGGAGACCUCCGCAUCUGCAUCAGCCAGCUCAAGAUGUUCCUGAGCGAGUACGCAGACAUCCCGUACAAGGUCCUCAAGUACACGGCCGGGGAGAUCAACUACGGCGGCCGCGUCACCGACGACUGGGACAGGCGCUGCAUCAUGAACAUCCUGGAGGAUUUCUACAGGCCCGAGGUCCUGAUGCCCGACUUUGCCUAUUCUGAAUCAGGCAUCUACAAGCAGAUCAGCACCUCUUAUGACCUGAAUGGAUACCUCCAGUACAUCAAGAGCCUGCCCCUCAAUGACAUCCCUGAGAUCUUCGGGCUCCACGACAACGCCAACAUCACCUUUGCCCAGAAUGAGACUUUUGCUCUGCUGGGGGCCAUUAUCCAGCUGCAGCCCAAGACAUCCACAUCUGGGGGCCGCAGCAGGGAAGAGCUUGUGGAGGAGAUCUCCAAGGACAUCCUGGCCAAGCUGCCUCCCCCCAUCAACCUGCAGGAGGUGAUCCGCAAGUACCCGGUGCUCUACGAGGAGUCCAUGAACACCGUGCUGGUGCAGGAGGUGAUCAGGUACAACAGGCUCCUGGAGGCGAUUGCCCAGACCCUGAAGGAUCUGCUGAAGGCUCUCAAGGGCCUGGUGGUGAUGUCCUCCCAGCUGGAGCUGAUGGCUGACAGUCUGUACAACAACAGUGUCCCCAAGUUGUGGGACUCCAAGGCCUACCCGUCACUGAAGCCCUUGGCGUCCUGGGUCAGCGACCUGCUGCAGCGGAUCGAGUUCCUGCAGAAGUGGAUCAGCCACGGGAUCCCUCCGGUGUUCUGGAUCAGCGGGUUCUUCUUCCCCCAGGCCUUCCUCACUGGGACACUGCAGAACUUUGCCAGGAAGUCAGUCAUCUCCAUCGACACCAUCUCAUUUAGCUUUGAGGUCCUGAAGGAGUCGGCCAGCGAGCUCACCCAGCGUCCCCAGGAGGGCUGCUACAUCCACGGCUUGUUCCUCGAGGGGGCCCGCUGGGACCCCUGCGCCUUCCAGCUGGCUGAGUCACGGCCCAAGGAGCUUUACACAGACAUGGCCGUCAUCUGGCUCAUUCCUGUCCCCAACCGCAAGCCGCCGGCCACCGGUGUCUACCUGUGUCCCAUCUACAAGACGCUCACUCGCGCAGGAACGUUGUCGACAACAGGCCAUUCCACCAACUACGUGAUCGCCGUGGAGAUCCCUACGGACAAGCCCCAGCGGCACUGGAUCAAGCGGGGCACAGCCCUGAUCUGCGCCCUGGAUUUCUAGGCACGACACCCGCC